AUGCCCGCUCCAGCUCGCGCUCAGGGCCAGCAGGGCGCCCAGGCCCAGGAAGGCGGAAGUGGCUUUAGCAUGAACCGUCUCAUCCUCGGUGGUGUCUUCUACUUCGGUGUCAACUUCCUCAUCUCUUGGUACAACCAAAAGUCGCAGACCGGCGUGCCCAUGACCGACCCCUCGACCGGAAAACAAGUCAUCGUUCCAGGCCAUACCGGCGAUAUUCCUCCCUUCUUGUUGCGUCCUGACAAGCUCGAUGACGGCGCUACCUUUGCCGCCGUGCCGGACAAGAUCGCUCCCAUCUGGCCUCAGGACAGCCACCUCGAUAUUACAAUCACGCUCUCCCCCUCGCCCCAACCCCGCCCGAUCUCGCAGACGCCCAAGGAAUACAUUGUUCUCCAGGAGAAACGCUUCCACAUGAACAACUACUCUGAUACUCGCUCCAUUGAUACUUCUUUCACGGUGCCCAAGGAGGUGCAGCACAACGGCACUCUCUGGGGCCACUUCUACGUUGGUCUUCCUGGCAGCAACCUGGAUCCUCAGCAGCCCAACUUCGACACUAGCAAAGCCUACCAUUUCGCAUACCCGCUCACUCAGUAUCUCCCCAAGAAGAAGGUUGCCAAGACCCGUAACCUCCUGGACAGCAAGCAGGAGGAAGAAGAGGAAGUCGAGGAACCUGAGGGCACCGUCAUGGCCAACUACUACCACCCCAACGCCAGCUUCUCGCUCAUUCCGGAUGUUGGUGUUAAGCAGCUGAGUACUCUCCCUCCUGCCAUGUCUCGUUUCAUCAGCCUCGAAGCCACUCGUGCCCGUGACGGCACUGGUCAGAAUGGCUGGUACUACCCUUUGGUCUUUGUCAACACCUUCUGGCAGCUUACGAGCCACAUGACACUUCUCAACGACACUGUUACUGAGCUGCCCCUCCACAUCGACCUUAGCAACAUGGCGGCCUGGAAGUUCACCCUCAUGUCCAACAUUGAAACCAACUCCAAGGAGAACGCACGACAGGCUGCCUUUGGAAACCCCGUCCCUGGAACCGGUGACGGCUCGGAGAUUGAAAUGGUCAAGGAAAUCUUCAUUGACACCAACCCUAUCUUGCUCGGUAUCACCGCCAUCGUGUCUGUAGCUCACGUUAUUCUGGAGACGCUUGCGUUUGGCUCCGACAUUGCUCACUACCGCAAGAAGAAGGACAAUGUCGGUAUCUCUGUCCGCUCCAUUUUGGCCAACAUCUUCAUGCAGGCUGUCAUUUUGCUCUACCUUGUCGAUAACUCGCAAAACACCAGCUGGAUGAUUUUGGGUGGCCAACUUGUCGGUAUUGUCAUCGAAUUCUGGAAGAUCACCACGGUUGUCGAUGUCGCGUUCAAGCCCACUCCUCCAGGUUCCAUUUUCCCCUACUGGAUUUUCUUCGAGGACAAGAAGAAGCUGACCGAGACCGAAGAAAAGACCAAGGAGUACGACGAGAUUGCCUUCAAGUACAUGUACAUGCUUGCUGUUCCUCUGCUCAUUGCCUACGGUAUCUACUCGCUCAUCUACGAUAGCCACAAGUCUUGGUACUCGUUCAUUAUCACCACGCUAGUCGGCUCUGUCUACACAUACGGCUUCCUGAUGAUGAUUCCUUCGCUCUACAUCAACUACCGCCUCAAGAGUGUUGCUCAUAUGCCCGCCAAGGCCAUGAUGUACAAGUUCCUCAACACCUUCAUUGACGAUCUCUUCGCCUUUACCAUCAAGAUGCCCAUUCUGCACCGUCUCGCUACCUUCCGCGAUGACGUUGUCUUCUUUGUUUACUUGUACCAGCACUUCAACUACAAGACGGACUACACCCGUGUCAACGAGUUUGGCCAGGGUGGUGACGAUGAGGACGAGGCCGAGGCCGUCGACAAAGCUACAGCAGAGGCCAAGGCAGCCACGGUUGAGGAUGUCAAGAAGGUCGAAGCGAAGGCCACUGGCGCCGACACUGGAUCAGCCACCAAGCGCAAGUAG